UCAUCACAAGCAUCGCAGACUGAGCAGACAUGAAUGCCAUUUGUCAUCUACUGAUUGUUGCAGUUACUCUGCAAACUGGAAAUGGUGUGUCUUUGAAAAUUGUGGGUGGAAAGGAAGCUGGACUAAGGCCAUACAUGGCCCUCGUGAGAACCCCAGGAAAAACUUUUUGUGGGGGAACUUUAAUUAAACCUGGAUGGGUAUUGACAGCAGCUGAAUGCAGAGUAGACAGAACGACAACUGUUGACCUUGGUGUUCGCUCAAUAAAGGCAACAAGAGAAAAACAGAGACAGCAAUUUACAGUUAUAAAAUCAAUUACACAUCAGAAAUAUAACACGAAGAAACAUAUUAAUAAUCUCCAGCUUCUACAGUUGUCAGGCACAGCAAAUUUAACAAAAGAUGUGAAUGUCGUACGUUUUCCUGAGACAUUUCCAGAAGUUAAACCUGGCAGCGUCUGUGGUAUAGCUGGAUGGGGGAAGACCAAUAACAAAAAUUCUUACAAUUCAGACAAGCUAAUGGAGGCAAGAGUGACGGUUAUAGACAGGAAGAAAUGUGUUAAUCAGUGGAAGCCAACAGUUCAGAUCACAAAGGACAUGGUAUGCACCAGCGGGAAAGAAGCAUCAAUGGGAUUCUGUAAUGGUGAUGGCGGAGGUCCAUUAUUGUGUGGAGGCUUCCUAAAGGGUAUUAUGUCUUUCGGGUCUCUGCUGUGUGGAAUUCCAAAUGGGGCUGAUGUCUCCACUCGGCUGACUAAAGACUACAUGAAGUGGAUCAACAAGGAAACCAAGAAAAGACCAUAGAUCCUUCCUUUUACCUUUUCUUUCAUAUGCAUUACUGAAUGCAAUUU